ACAUUGCCCACACUGGUGUUGUUUCCGGUAAAGCUGCAGAAAUGACUUGGAGCUUGUUUAGCUUUAGUUGUUCUGAUGUUUUAUGGUCUUUUCUGGCUUUAUGUUUCCUUGUCGCUUUUUGUGCUCACAAAAUCUCAGCAUACCUGCCGAGAAAAUGGGACACAUACCGCCUUUACUUGUUAUUUCAGGACCUUAUUCGAUACGGAAAGACAAAACAAACUCUCAAACGAGAAAACUGGCUGCGUGCGUUUGACGUCCCUAAAAGGUGGUUCUCGCAUUUCUAUGCCAUCUCUGUUGGCUGGAAUGGUCUUCUUCUGGCCAUCUACCUUAAUUUUAUAUUUCAGCAUCAGUCAUUCCCAUUAUGGCUGACUGGAAUAUUAGAAAUGUUGACAGGUGUACCGAGCACCGACAGUCAAGUCCCACAGCUGUCAACUGUGAUGGUGCAGCUCCUGCUCUGCGUCCACUCCCUCAGGAGGCUGCUGGAGUGCCUGUUUGUCAGUGUUUUUUCUGAUGGAGCCAUACAUUUGGUGCAGUAUGUGUUUGGUGUGUGCUAUUACAUCAUACUUGGGCUGACGGUGCUCUGCUUGGAUCACCUGGGAAAUGGGACUGGAUCCCUCCUCUCUCAGCUUGACUGGUUUCAUGUGGUUGGUAGUGUACUUUUCAUUUGGGCUUCUCUGAUGCAACAUCAGUCCAUGGUCCUGCUGGUGGGGCUUCGCACUGGAAAGUCAGGAACGGUGGAGACGCUGGCUCACAGAGUCCCAGAGGGAGGCUGGUUCGAGCUGGUGUCUUGUCCGCAUUACUUUGCUGAGCUGUUGAUCUACUUCUCUCUGAGCUUGGUUUUCGGAGGCCUGUCUCUUACGUGGUGGCUUGUUGUCCUGUAUGUGCUUUUCAAUCAAGCACUAGCAGCACAGCUUUGUCAUGAACAUUAUAUUAGCAAAUAUGAUUCAUACCCAAAGCAUAGAAAAGCAUUUAUACCUUUUGUGCUGUGAAGAUUUUUUCAAUGGUGUGAUCUUUCUUGCUUUCCUUUUUUUUGGAAUUGUUAAAUGCUAGAGAAAUAUCUGAGACAUUGAAGAUCUGAAGGUGUGGGAGUGAAACUCACCUCCCUCAGCCAACACGAGAACAAUAAAUGAAGUUGACUGGUGCUGUCAAGUGUGAAUGUGAGGCAUGGUACUGCUGCAGACAACUCAUAAUUUGAAUCGUAAUUACAUUCAUUGCAAUGUAAGCGUUUGAUGUAAAUGAACCUUUGUUUGAACAAGUGUUCAUGGGGACUUUAAUUGUAAAUGUGUACAUAGCCUAUGCAUAAUUUUUUAUUGAAAUAUGUAUAUUAAAAUAGUCACUACAGAUUAUUUAGACUUGGAAA